AUGUUCGCAGUCCUCGCGUUCGUCCUGGCCGUUGCCAGCGCCAGGAAGACUCCUUCAGCAAAGGUCGCGUUAUCCACGGAGCCGACAGUCCUGCUCAACAACAGUGCGGUCACGGCUCCGACUUCAAGCGAUGAGCUUCAUGGCAUCGGUGCUGUUUCGAAGUUUGAUGACGAUCGUGGCAUGAAGGAAGCCGUCUCUAUCGAGACGCUCGCAUCGUCACCAGUUGUUGUCAACGUGUCGACGGCACCCUCCAUUGAUGCAAAGGAAGGGAAGCCACCUUCGGUGCCACCUGCGAUGCUACCCGCGGCUUCUGCUGAGGAAGCACCACAUGAAGAUACUGCAGGCUUACUCCUUGACGAGACUGCCACAGGAGAUCUUGCUUCGGCAGCGAGGUCUUACGAGCAUCUGGAGUUGGGCGGCGGAGACGCCACGAUGUGCGGCUACGAGGUGGGCGAUGGUUGGGGUUUGGUGCGUCGCACGGAGGGGAGCUCCUUCCGAGACACGGAUCAGCUUACUGGUACCAGCGAGCAUGGAACGGCGCACAGCAAUCCCCGAGGGCCAGCAUUCAGCAAAAAGUUCGACACGGUGGACUUCGAUGAGUUCCUCUUUGCGACCGGGGACUGUCAAAAGUGGAUGAUCAUGAAGAAGUCCGAAGUGCUCGCUUGGUACGCCAACAACGACCGAGAGGUCUUGAAGUCGCACAUUUCGCACACUCCCUACAAAGCCCGUAUGUACCGGCGGCAUGGUGUCGUGGAAGACCCAUGGAUCACUUACGGGGACCAUGACCAUUGCAAAGGACUGUAUGUGGAGAACAACCUUGUUCCCCACUGCGGGUCUAAUAAUCUCGGCACAAAGCAUCAGGGCUUGAAUGUGUUCAUCCGGAACACAAGGGGUGAUGCCUCAACAUGCAGCACCGCCGUCGGAUCAGGUUGGUACCUUGUGCGUCGCACAACCUUUGUAUCUUUUAAAGAUACAGAUCAGUUGGUUGGUACCAGCGAGCACGGUCCUGCCCAUCACAAUCCCUUGGGGCCUGCCUUCAGCGUGAAGUUCAGCAACUUACCGUUCAAUGAGUUCCUCUUUGCCACCGGGGACUGUCAAAAGUGGAUGAUCAUGAAGAAGUCCGAAGUGCUCGCUUGGUACGCCAACAACGACCGAGAGGUCUUGAAGUCGCACAUUUCGCACAUUCCCUACAAAGCCCGUAUGUACCGGCGGCAUGGUGUCGUGGAAGAUCCAUGGAUCACAUAUGAACACCAUGACCACUGCAAAGGACUGUACGUGGAGAACAACCUCUAUCCGGACUGUUCGUCGGGUUGGAUUCCGUUCGCUAAUGCUCCCGGAGCUCGUCAUCAGGGAUUGAAUGUCUUCAUCCGCAGAACUGCUGAUUGGGAAUCACGCACAGGAUGGAUAAAUUCAGGUGGCGAUGUGGAGAGUUUUUCGAUAAGCUCGCUUCAAGGAGCAAAGCACCGGUGUGCCGACAAUGGAUCAUGCAAAGGCUUCACAAUGAGUGGCAGCCACUUUCCGCGGCAUGUCUGGUUCAAGAACAAGUGGGAUGUGGCCGGAGGCCACCCCUGGGCAUCCUAUAAGAAGAUCGAGGUGCCCUUUGCCGCCAUCACUACAGGGACUUGUGAGGUUCACGGAAUGGUAGGCAUUUAUGAUCGGGACGCCUGCAAAAAAGCCGCUGACCUACUUGGCUACAGCAUCACCCACAACUUUGCGGCAUGGGGCUCCAGCUUCCCGGAUGUCGUCGCAGGCUGCUCCGUGCGUGGGUCCUAUCUUUUCCUUGAGGCUCCCAAGGAAACUUGCACCGAGGGCUCCAUCAAGGGAUCCUGUUCCUGCAGGAACAAUCCCAACACCUGCCUUUGCCAGGCAGACCCUUGCCGCGGCCAGUCGGACUAUUCGAAGUGCAGGCCCUGCCCCCCGGGCUCCCAUGGCACUUCCCCGGCCACUGGCUGUUCCUGCGGCUCGGGCACUGGAGCGAUCUUUGCGCAGAAAGACUGGCCCGGAUAUUCGGGCGGAUGCGGCAGCCAACAGGUCGUUUCCACCAUAACGUCUUCCAACCAGAAGGUCCAGAAGGUGAAGCCCACGGAGAGUGUCACCAAGAAGGAGGGUGUCUUGUACGACCUCACCUCGAAGAUUGCAGAAAUGUGCACGAUAGAUGAGUACGACCAUGCCUCUGGCAUCGCCGCCAAGAAGAACACGGUCUGCAGCAUGAUCCCUGUGAUUGUCGUUGGGGACUACAUGGGAUCACAGAUCUUAGAUAAGAAGUCAACGCAAAUGGGCGACACCAAAUGUGGGAACUUGCCAGUCGUGAAGACAGAAAAGUAUUUCUUGUUCGGAAUAAAAGUGCCAACAAUUCCGAGCAUUUUUGAAGGUGGCAGCCUUUGCUUUGCUCAGCUCAUGAGUGGAAGCAGUGUGGCCCAUGGAACUGGGCUUCUCAUCUUCCAGCCGAAGCUCUUUGUGGGCAACCCUGGCGUCAAGAACUUGCAUGUGCCCGUCCCUGGAACAGGCAAAGCUAUCGAAGCCGCGUCCAAGUUGGUCGACACGGUCGCGGUGGGUGUAAGUUUUGUCUCCUCUGGUGCCCCGAAAAUGGAGAUGACUUUUUCCACCAAGUUCUGGGAAUGCGAGGGCAAGUGUGACUCGAUGAUGGGCAACAUCUAUGCUGGGGUGAAGCUCGAUCUCGCCGACCUCCUGAAGCAAGAAGGGGCGGACAUCGGAGAUUUCUCGGUCUUCAUCGACUCCAAGUGCCUCGUAGACUUUGAUCCAGAUCGCAACGGCUUCAUGAGCCAGGUGAGCAAAGUGCCAAUGCUGAACAACUUCAUCAACGGGAUUGACGGCACCUCUGGCCUCUUAAACCUGUUCACUCCUGAUGAAGCAACCCAGUUCCUCAGGGAGGUCCUGAAGAACGAUGUUGCAAUGGGUGUAGACGGCAAGCUUGGGAUCACCAUCCCAUUGAAGAAGUGGUCUCACGGCAUGUUCCAGGACUUGGACGUGACCGUCGCUUCUGCCUCGAGUUUCUUCAGGAAGACCAAGGACGAAAUCGGUCUCUAUGUCAGCGUGGCAGCGGGUGGUCUCGCGAACGACAACAUCAUGGCGGACAUUCAGCAAAAGAUCCUGGACAAGUUUCAGAGCCCUCCAGUACAAGCCGUGGUCGGCCUCCUUGGCAAGGGCAUUGGUGCUGUCGUGGACGUCCUGACGAGCGUCGGGAUGUCAUUCAAGCUUUACAUCAAAAGACAAUGCAAGACACUUAGGUUUUUAGGGUCAAACCACAGAUUCUGUGAGAACAGCUUCGGACUCAAGUUCGAGGCAACAGUUUUCGAGGCUUUCAUCCAGCAGAAGGGCGACAAGAUGGCCUUCUGCUUUGCCAUUAAGGGCAUCUAUGACAGCUGUGGAAAUGGCUUCGAGAACCUCCUCCUACUCCUACAGGCAGGCGCUCGAAUGGUUGUAAAGGUGGGCAAGGAGAUCGCAGAUGCCGCCGACCAGACUUUCAACGCUGCGACGAAGGAGUUGGCAGAGCUCUCGGAAGCGUCUCUCCAGCACGGGGAAGUGGUGGUCGAAAAGAUCGGCCACGGCUUCGAAAAAGGAGCUGAAGCGGCAGCUGAUUUCUUCAAGGCGGGUGGAGCACACACCAUGAAGAUUACAGGAGAAGCGAAAGACGCCGUGAACAAGGUAGGUGGUCACUUGGAAGACGUGGGCGGCGCUAUCGGCGGGGCGAUCGGCUCCAUUUUCCGCUAA